UGAUGCAUGUUAUCAAAUAUAUUUGUUCUGCAAUCACUUGCAUCUACAUAAACAACAAACCACGUGUCUUUUUACCUGCUAUAAUUACUCUAUGUUUUCCUUUGCAUAUACGCAAAACAUUUUUAAACAGCCACAUCAACAUUUGGAAGUGAGAUUUGAAAUAUUGAAUGGAAAGAAAAAAUUACAAAGUCAUUUGUAAAAUAAGUGAUGGUGGGUUUGGAGAAAUCUAUAAAGUAAGUUCGCCGAAUACAGAUGAAAUACUUGUUCUAAAACAUUUAAAAUUCAAGGGAAAUUUAAAUGAACAAAUGUACAUUAAGAAUGAAAUAGCUAGUUUAUCUUCUUUGAGACAUGAAAACAUUAUAUCUUUUCGAGAGGUUCUAGUGAAAAGUGAAGAAGUGAAUAUUAUAAUGGAAUAUGCGGAUGGAGGAAAUCUUGAAGAUUUUAUUUCUGAACAUAAAACUUUAUGUAAUGCAUUGGUUGUUGAUAUUUUCAUUCAAAUCUUAAAAGCAGUAAACUUUUGUCAUCAGAAUUGCAUUGCACAUAGAGACAUAACCCCAAGUAAUGUAUUGCUUUUAAGAAACAGGACAAUAAAAUUAGCCGAUUUUGGUAUUUCUAUGAAAUGCAUGUCAACAACUGGGCAACCGAUUUUAUGCGAUGAUUUUCUAGGAAAUAGACUUUAUUGUGCACCGGAAGUUAUUCGUGAGACUGUCCACGAUGCCAUAUUAUCGGACUUAUGGAAUCUUGGUGUUCUCCUUUAUUACAUUAUAUUUACUAGAGUACCAUUCACUGGAUACGACGAAGAAAUUCUUGUCCAGCAACAAACAAUAGGAAAUACUAUAACAACAUCACAUUGUAUUCACUUAUUUCGACGCACAUUACUUGAUUUCUUGAAAAUUAAUCCCUGUGAUAGAAACUGUGUGUCAAAUGUAUUACAUUCUUGGAAAAAUGAACUGAAUGAAACUGUUUUGUGUUGAUUUGUUUUUGUAUUAAAAAUAAUGUGCAUUAGGUAAGAUGUAAGUAUUCAUACUUUUGAUCAAACAUAAAUUAUUGUAUACUUAUCUAUUAAAUAUCAUAUUUGUCGCAA